CUCUCUCUCUCUCUCUCUCUCUCUCUCCACUUUCCACUUGAAACAACAGAGCCAGGCAAGCACAAACCGAUGGAAAAAGGAGCAGAACACCUCUCUCUCUCUCUCUCCAUUAUAUGGGAGUAUAUAUAGUCGCGGCUGUGCUUUGUCUUUUGGGUCUAAAAUAAAGGGGUUUUCCAGAAUUCCAGAGGUUCUGAAAUUUAAGUGCACAAUUACUUCUUUUGCGUAUUCCAUACGGCGCCGUUUCACCGCCACCUUUUCUGUUUCCUUCUUUCCCCUGCCUUUCCCUUAUUCUUUCCUUUGCUUUACGCACGUUCCACCUCUUUGUUCUGAUUCAUUCCCAAAAGGCCAAUUUUUUCCCCAUCCUUUUUCAUUCGGGACUUCUGUGGAUGUUUGAAUUGACUGGAGAGGCUCAUACAAAAUGAAGACUUUCAAUUGUGUUUCUCUACUGUCGGAUCCAAAGAUUAAAUCUGGCCUCUGGAGUGUCUUUGUUACUGCUUUGCUGAUUUGUGGUGCUUACUUUGUUGGUAGUGCAGUCCUUACAAAAGAUUUCACAGAGAUAUCACUAGGAUGGGAAAUGAAUUACACAAGGAACAAUACACAAUCUGAUAAAUGCAAGAAACAAUGCAGGCAUGUUGGCAGUGAGGCAUUGCCAGAAGGGAUUGUUGUCCAAACUUCUAACUUGGAAAUGCUUCCUUUAUGGGGUCCUGUAGAAAAAAAUAACAAUUCAAAGCCUUCAGCAAAUUUAUUGGCCAUUGCAGUUGGAAUAAAGCAAAAGGAAAUAGUGAACCGAAUUGUUGAAAAGUUUCUCGUAAAUGGUUUUGUUGUGAUGCUUUUUCACUACGAUGGUGUUGUGGAUGAGUGGUGUGAUUUAGGGUGGAGUAGUCGUGUCAUCCAUGUCUCUGCCCUGGAUCAAACAAAAUGGUGGUUUGCCAAGCGUUUCUUACAUCCGGACAUAGCAGCUGAAUAUGAUUACAUAUUUCUUUGGGACGAGGACCUUGGAGUUGAAAAUUUUGACCCUGAACGGUAUCUUUCUAUUGUCAAAGAUGAAGGACUUGAAAUAUCACAGCCAGCACUUGAUCCGGGUAAAUCGGAGGUCCAUCAUCAACUUACUGCACGGAGGAGGAAUUCCAAAGUGCAUAGAAGGUUCUACAAGUUUAAGGGCAGUGGAAGGUGUGACAACAACAGCACAUCUCCUCCAUGCAUAGGUUGGGUGGAAAUGAUGGCACCCGUGUUCUCAAGAGCAGCUUGGCGAUGUGCAUGGUAUAUGGUCCAGAAUGACUUGAUCCAUGCAUGGGGCUUAGAUAAGCAACUUGGUUACUGUGCACAGGGUGAUCGGACAAAAACCGUUGGUGUAGUUGACUCUGAGUAUAUAGUGCAUCUUGGUGUUCCUACACUUGGUGUUUCAGAUGGCAACAAGGAACCUUCUGGCGUUCACAGAGCUAAUAAUAGAACAGAAGUGAGGAGACAAUCCUUCAUUGAAAUGCAGAUUUUCAAGAAAAGGUGGAAUGAUGCAGUUGAUAACGACAAAUGUUGGGUCGAUCCGUAUCAAAAAUCAGUUGAGCAGAAAAGCCAUUAGUGUAUAUAUUUAGUGCUUCAAUGAAGAUCAAUCACAACAAUACAAACUUCAAACAAAUCACAAUACAUGCAUUUUCUUGAAAGAAAGAAAGAUCCCAGGACAGAUCCGAAGAGCCCCAGAUGCCAAAUUAAUGAGUAAUCUUUUGUUCAUUUGCUCUUUUAAUUUACAGGGAGGGUUGUUGUCCCUACAAAGUAGAAUAGGCAAUUGUUGUUUGUGAGUUGAUUGUAUUGUUUUAUGUGGAAACAACUGCGACAAAUGUAAAUAGGAGUACUUUUUGGCUUUAA